CGCUCCCUCCCCUCAGCUCCUCUCUCCAAGAACUUUCUUCUUUUUUAAAUGAUCUCGAAGGAGAGGAGGAAAAGCAUUUUCAGUUUGGCUAAGAUGCUGGAGUGUUGGAGCCUAAAGGCAGAAAGGAGAGGUGCUCUCCCGUCUCGCUUAGCUUUCUGAACAGGCAGCCUGCACAGUGUCCCUCAUCGCCGGGACGACCCCAGGCUCGCUCGCUCGCUCGCUCGCUCGUUCUGCUAAAGCCAGAGGACAGGAAGAGUAGAGUAAUAUUCUCCUUCAACAGCUGCAUCUCCUACGCUGCCACCUUGCCUGGGGAUCCACAGGGCCAUGUGGUGCCCCGUCCUUACCCUUUGGCUCUGCCUGCAUCUAGCGAGCAGCUGGCCGCCAGUUCCAGCACCCCGGCCGGACCCGGCGGAGACCGCAGAGGGCAGAGUGGCACGGCUGGGCCAGAUGUUCAAACGCCAGGUGCGCCGCCUCCGCCAGCGCAGCUCCUACCUUGACCUGGUUUUCCUGGUGGACGAGUCUUCCAGUGUGGGCAGUGCCAACUUCCUCAGCGAGCUGCGCUUUGUGCGCAAGCUGCUCUCUGACUUCCCCGUGCACGAGUCAGCCACGCGCGUGGCCCUGGUCACCUUCUCAUCCAAGGCACACGUGUUGCGGCGUGUGGACCACAUCUCUACUCUACGCCCCCACCAGCACAAGUGUUCCCUGUUCAACCAGGAGAUCCCAGCCAUCACAUACCGCGGUGGAGGCACCUACACCAAGGGCGCCUUCCAGCAGGCAGCGCAAAUACUGCAUCACUCUCGCCAGAAUGCGACACGAGCCAUCUUCCUCAUCACAGAUGGCUACUCCAAUGGCGGUGACCCGCGCCCUGUGGCUGCUAGGCUUCGCGAGCAAGGUGUUGAGGUCUUCACUUUUGGCAUCUGGCAGGGCAACAUUCGUGAACUUAGUGACAUGGCCUCACACCCCAAGGAGGAGCACUGCUAUCUGGUGCACAAUUUUGCUGAAUUUGAGGCCCUUGCCCGCCAUGCGCUCCAUGAAGACCUGCCAACUGGGAGCUAUGUCCAGGAGGAUCAGGCUCGUUGUGGGUCUCUCUGUGAGACUCAUGGUGACUGCUGUGACGCCAUGGCCAGCUGCAAGUGCGGCACACAUACAGGCCAGUACGACUGCGUCUGUGAGAAGGGGUACUAUGGCAAGGGCCUGCGGAACGAAUGCAUAGCUUGUCCACCUGGGACCUACAAACCAGAGGGAAUCCCAGGAGGCCUUAGCACCUGUCUGCCCUGCCCAGACGAGCACCACACCUCACAGCCCGGAAGCACGUCCCUCAGCGACUGUGUCUGCGAGCCUGGUUACCGGCCAGUGGGUGGCACCUGCCAGGCGGUUCAGUGCCCAGACAUUGGCCCUCCGGAGAAUGGCUAUUUCAUCCAGAACACGUGCAACAGGCACUUCAAUGCAGCCUGUGGGGUGCGCUGCCGGCCUGGCUUCACCCUGCUUGGGAGCGGCAUCCGGCUCUGCCAGUCAGACGGCCAAUGGUCCGGCUCCAAAGCCAGCUGCACAGCACGGCGCUGCCCUGCGCUCCCGCCCCUCCAGCAUGGCUUCUUCAACUGCUCGGGGACACGUACUGUGUACAGGUGGGCGUGCGAAGUGCACUGUGAGGAGGGCUACCAGCUGGAGGGGAGCAGCCGGCUCACGUGCCAAGCCAACUCCCAGUGGAGCGGACCCCAUCCUCGGUGUGUGGAGAUCCGCUGUCCUGCAGUUGGAACUCUGAAACGUGUCCUACUGUUGCCCCUUACGUGCGGUGAGGGCGAGGUGAAGCCCGGGAUGGUGUGUCGUCUGGCCUGCCGCCAGGGCUACAGUCUAGUGGGAGAGCCGGAGGUGCGCUGUUUAGCCUCCGGAGAGUGGAGCAACAGCGUGCACAAAGCCACCUGCGCAGACCUGGAGCCUCCCCACAUCGUCUGCCCUGAAGAUGUUGUGGCGGAGACAGCAGAGCACCGUGCCGCAGCCAACAUCAGCUGGAGCACGCCCAAGGCUGAGGACAGCUCUGGGGAGGAGGUGAUAAUUCAGGUCACUCCAGUCCUGUCUCCCCCUCAAAUGUUCCCCAUUGGGCGAGAGAAGAUCACGUACACAGCCACAGAUCGCUCUGGCAACGAGGCCAGCUGCUCUUUCAGCAUCACGGUCAUCGAUACGGAGCCCCCCAUGAUUGACAGGUGCAGAUCCCCGCCUAUUUUCCACACGACAGAAACAGAGUUGGUUGUCAUCUGGGAGGUGCCACAGUUCUCUGACAACUCAGGGGCUGCUCUGCAUGUGACUAGCACACACACGCCAGGCUCCACGUUCCCCACAGGCGAGGCAACGGUGCGCUACACAGCCACAGACCCUUCCGGCAACAACCGCACCUGUGACCUGCAGGUCAUUGUCCAAGGGUCCACAUGUGAACAGCCGUUCCAGCCUAUCAAUGGGGAGUUCAUCUGCACAGAGGAAGAGGGCGGUGUGAACUGCACUCUCUACUGCAAGGACGGGUACAGCUUCACCCAUGAGUCCGUGCACAGCUACUUUUGUCCUCACAAUGGCCUGUGGGAGCCGCCGUAUACCCCAGAGCAGCCCGACUGCUCCUUGAACCGUAUUGCCAACCACGGCUAUAAGCCCUUCGAGAUGCUCUUCAAAGCCUCCCGUUGUGAUGACCAGGCCCUUCUUAAGUCUUUCAGCAGAGACUUAGGCACGGCGCUAGGAGAUGUGGUGCCGACUUUGUGCCACACAGAUGACAUUUCCUGCAAGCUGGAAGUGAUGUCGCAGGCUCAGUGUCUUGAGUACAACUACGACUACGAAAACGGAUUCGCCAUUGGUCCAGGGGGCUGGGCCAGUAACUGGGAGCCUCAGGAUGGGCAGGACUACACAUACUUUGACGCUGGCUUUGCCACUGAGCGCCAACCAGCACCUCACCAGCACGAUGCCACCUCUUCAAAAAGCGCCCCUCUGAGGGCCAAACGGCACCGCAAGAUCUCCAGACCCACCAGGGACCAUAAAAUCCAGUUCUUCUUCAACAUCACAGCUAGCAUCCCGCUACCUACCUCGAGGAAUGACUCUGUGGAGGCAGCCAAUCAGAAGCGGCUGCUGCGCACCUUGGAGCAGCUGACCAGUCGGCUGAAGAGGACACUAAGCAAGCAGCCGCUGUCCAGCUUCCAUGUGUCCUCUCAGAUGAUUUUGGCCGACCCCAAGUCGUUGGAGAGCCAGAAGGCCUCACUGUUCUGCAGGCCUGGUUCAGUACUGAAGGACAGGAUGUGUGUUCUAUGCCCUGUGGGCACCUACUACUCACUGGAGCACAAGGCAUGUGAGAGCUGCUGGCUCGGCUCCUACCAGGAACUGGAGGGGCAGACAGAGUGCCAGGCCUGUCCAGAUGGCUCGUCCACCCCAUAUCUACACUCACGGAGUCCCAGUGAAUGCAGAGCACAGUGUCAGCCAGGCAGCUUUUCGCCCAACGGUCUGGACACUUGUGAGUCCUGCCCACUGGGCCAGUAUCAGCCUGAGUUCGGAUCUCGGGUCUGCUUGGACUGCCCACAGAACACAUCCACAGUCAUUCGGGGGGCCGUGAACAUAGCUGAAUGUGGGGUGCCGUGCUCCGCUGGACAUUUCUCUCGGACGGGUCUCGCACCUUGCUACCCUUGCCCCCGGGACUACUAUCAGCCCGAGGAGGGGCGCUCCUUCUGCUUGUCCUGCCCCUUCUAUGGGACGACCACCAUCACUGGGGCAACGGCCAUCCACCAGUGCUCCAGCUUUGGAUCCAGCUUCCUCCCAGAGGAGGGGAGCAUGACAGCUGCCCCACAGGUGCUCGAUCGCAAGGAUUACCAGGCCAGCAGCCAGGUGUUCCACCAGUGUUUCUUCAGUCCGUGCAUCAAUGGGGGCACAUGUGAAGAAGUGGGAGUGGGAUACGUGUGCUCCUGUCUCCCGGAGUUCACAGGGUCCAAGUGCGAGCGGAAGAUAGAUGAGUGCCAGUCAGCCCCCUGCCAGAACGGGGGGCUCUGCAGGAACACCGGGAGGGGCUUCCUCUGCGAGUGUCAGUCUGGGUACACAGGGUCGCUGUGCCAAGCAGAGGUAAACGAGUGCAGCUCCUCCCCUUGUCUGAACAAUGGCAUCUGCGUGGAUGAGGUGAACCGGUUCGCCUGCAGUUGCAUGGACGGGUUCACAGGGAUCCACUGUGAGCUCCAGAUUGAUGAGUGUCUUUCGAACCCGUGUCUCAACGGGGGUGUAUGUGAAGACCUGGCAGGGAGCUACUCCUGCACCUGUGCAAAGGGCUUCUAUGGAGACAACUGCCAGCUGAAUGUGAACCAGUGUGAUAGCGCCCCCUGUCAGAAUGGAGGUACCUGCUCAGAUUCAGUCAAAGAUUUUAGGUGCGAGUGCCCACCCGGCUUUGCCGGCAGACUGUGCGAGGUGGAUGUGAACGAGUGUGAGCCUAGCCCCUGCUUGAAUGGGGCCAGCUGCCUGGAUGGCCCAGGCUCCUUCAUCUGCAGGUGCCCCCCUGGGUUCAACGGAAGCAGGUGUGAGACAGAGAUAUCCUCCUCCUUCAACCUGGACUUUGAGGUGUCUGGUAUCCAUGGUUACGUGCUGAUGGAUGGUAUCAUGCCCACUCUGACGGCGAUCACCUGUACUUUCUGGAUGAAGUCGUCCGACACCACAAACUAUGGCACGCCUGUCUCCUAUGCUGUGGAGGGUGGCAGUGACAAUGCCUUUCUGUUGAUUGAUUACAAUGGAUGGGUCCUCUACAUCAAUGGCAAAGAGCGCAUCACCGAUUGCCCCGCCGCCAAUGACGGGCACUGGCACCACAUUGGUGUGUCGUGGCGCAGCACGGACGGGGAUUGGAAGGUCUACGUUGACGGGAACCUGUCGGAUGGAGGGAAAGGCUUGUCGGUUGGCACCACUAUCCCAGGAGGGGGGGCUCUCGUUUUGGGCCAGGACCAGGACCAGAAGGGUGAGGGCUUUAACCCUGUGGAGUCCUUCGUGGGGUCUAUCAGCCAGCUCAACAUAUGGGACCACGUCCUCGGAACACAUCAGAUAAAAGCACUGGCCACCAGCUGCCCAGUGGACUUCCGCAGGGGCAACGUGUUCGCGUGGCCAGACUUCCUCAAUGGUGUUGUUGGCAGGGUCAAAACCACACCAAAAAGCAUCUUUUGCUCAGACUGCCCCCAGCUAGAGGAAGCUGUCCCCCACCUGCGAGUGUCGAGUCCCACCGUGAGCCCUGGUGCCCAUGUGCAGCUGUCCUGCGAUCCUGGCUUCUACCUGCUGGGGGAGCCAGUGCAGCAGUGCCUCAACAGGGGCAUGUGGAGCCGUGCCUUGCCUCGAUGUGAAAGGGUGGACUGUGGGCCCCCACCAGCCCUUGAGCACGGCCUGUUUGCUGGUGUCGACUUCCAUGCUGGCAGCGCAGUGAUUUACCAGUGUAACGUGGGCUUCUACCUACUGGGCGAUGCCAGGAUGCUUUGCUCCAACAGCGGGACCUGGAGUGGCAACCCUCCCGCCUGCCUGGAUGUGAAUGAGUGUGCGCUGGGCAGCGACUGUGAUAAGCAUGCCAACUGUUACAACACAGAUGGCUCGUACACUUGUACCUGCGUGCCCCCCUACAGUGGUGACGGAAAGAACUGCACAGAACCAGUUACAUGUAAAGACCCUGGCUCACCAGAGUUUGGGCAUCGGGAUGGCAGCAUCUUCAUCCCAGGAAAAGAAGUGGUCUUCACCUGCGAGGAGGGCUUUGAGCUGAUUGGUUCAGUGCAGAUUACAUGUACAGAGUCAGGAGAGUGGGACCACAGCAUUCCAUACUGUAAAGCUCUGUCCUGUGGAAGACCUCCUGUUCCCGAAAAUGCCAUUAUGGAGGGGACAAACUUCACUUUCGGAAGCAAGGUGACUUUCAGCUGUAAGAAGGGCUUUGUGUCACAAGACUUGGUUGAGAUUCAGUGUCUGGCAAGCCUGAAGUGGAGUACAGCGCCCCCAACCUGCAAGCCCAUAGCCUGCGGGGAGCCCCCGUUUGUGGAGAAUGCAAACUUCACCCUCACUGGAAGAACAUAUCUUUCUAAUGUCACAUACACCUGUGCUCCGGGGUACAGACUGCAGGGUCCAGCAGAACUGUGGUGUGAAGCAAAUGGAAAGUGGAGCACUCCUGCACCGUUGUGUACCACGGUAGAUUGUGGAGAACCCCCUGCACUGGCUGAUGGAACCACCGUGGGAACCAGCUUCACUCUAGGCAGCAGAGUGUAUUUCACCUGUAAAGAAGGAUACACUUUGAUUGGCCCCGAGACACGGGAGUGCCUGCCCACUGGUGAGUGGAGUCCAAGCUCUGCCCAGUGUGUGCCACGGUCCUGCGGCCCACCACCCCCCAUUGAUCACGCUUACCCAGAAGCCAGUCAUCAGCUCUUUGGAGACGUAGCCAUCUAUUUCUGUGCUGAUGGCUACAGUGCUGGUAAUAACUCCAAGGUGCUGUGUAACUCUGAGGGUGUGUGGACGCCACCCGAGGGCCAGGAGGUGCCUAAGUGCAUUGCCACAUUCUGCCAGCGGCCGCCUGAUUUGCCCCACGCCAUCCUGGAUUCCUUUAACAAGCCCAAGUACAGCAGCAACACAGAGGUCAGCUACAAGUGUGAGGAGGGCUUCAUGCUCAACACAACUGCCACCCUGAAGUGCAUCAUGGGAGGUGAGUGGGUGCCCUCGCCCUUCGACAUUGGCUGUGUGCCAGUGCGCUGCUCAAAGCCGGUGGGAAUUGAGAGAGGCUAUGUGAGCGGCACCAACUAUAGCUUCGGGGCAGUGGUGGCCUACAGCUGUCACAAGGGCUUCGUGAUCCGAGGGGAGAAGAGGAGGACGUGCCAAGCGAACGGCCAGUGGGGCGGAGUGCUGCCAUCCUGCCAGCCCGUGUCCUGCCCCAGUCCCCCGCUGCUGAAGAAUGGCUACAUCAAGACUAAAAGCCGCUUCGUAUUUGACAGCAAGGUGAUAUACGCCUGUGAAGCUGGGUUCCGGCUCAUGGGCAAGUCAGAACGUGUGUGCCAGGCCAACCGCCAAUGGUCCAAUGAUAACCCGCCCGCCUGCAUCCCCAUCACCUGUGAAGCCCCUCCCACCAUUCUGCAUGGCCGUUACAAGGGUUCGACAUUCGAGGUGGGCCACAAGUUGGAAUACGUCUGCGACGAGGGCUAUGAGCUCACUGGCGAUGCUGUCUGGACCUGUCUCAAAUAUGGAAGGUGGGACAAGAGCAGGACUCCUCGGUGCACCCCAGUGCAGUGCCCCGAGCCGCCCCUGGAGGAGAACCACCUUGUCCUCCAGAGUGUGGACCCGGAUUCCGGGACUAUCAAGCUCACGUGCGAGGAGAGCUAUGUUCUGCAUGGUGCUGAAGUGCUACGGUGCACGCCAUCCCAGGAAUGGAAUGACACUUUCCCCGUGUGCAAACGGGUGUACUGUAAGAAGCCCCCUGACGUGGCCUUCGGGAGUCCCUCAAUGGGACCUUCCUAUUUUGGGAGCGUGGUGACCUACUCCUGCAUACAUGGCUUCACACUCAGGAAGGAGGCUUCAGUGACGUGCCAGGUGGACGGCCAGUGGAGCAGGCCCUCCCCAGAGUGUGUACCCGUGGAGUGCCCGCAGCCCAAGGAGAUCCCCAACGGCAUCAUGCAUGUCCAAGGCCUCAUGUACCUUAACACAGCUCAGUACAGCUGCAGACUGGGGUACGACCUCGUGGGAAACUCCACUGUGCUCUGUGGGGAGAACGGAAUGUGGAUCGGGGGGGUCCCGGCAUGCCGGCCCGUUCAGUGCUCCAUACCGGAAGAGAUCUCCAACGGGGUGGUUUCUUACAGCCAGGUCGAGUUCGGCCAGGCUGUCACCUACUCGUGCAAGAGGGGCUUCCGCCUCGAGGGCCCAGAGUCACUCAUAUGCCUGGAGACAGGUCAGUGGGACAAGAAGCCCCCUGUCUGCACACAGAUCUUCUGCAGCCCCCCGCAGCCCAUUCCGUACGGUUUCCUGGAAGGCCGCGAUCACAAGUUCGGCGUCACCAUAUUCUACAGCUGCUUUCCCGGCUUCCAGCUGGUGGGGCAGAACCACCUGACCUGCGAGGAGAGUGGCUGGUCCAGCUCAACACCCUCCUGUGUGCCCACAGACUGUGGCCUGCCUCCUCACAUCGACUUUGGAGAGUACGUCAAAGUCUUGGACGCUGCUGAACGCCCUGCAGGAGUGGACUACAACGUUUCACUCCCACCUAGCUCCGACGGCGGGGACGGGUCCAGACUCGACAUGAGAUUCCUGCAUAGCACAACAGUGCAGUACCACUGCCACCCUGGGUACGAGCUGAGUGGAGUCUCCGUGCUGCUCUGCAUGGAGGACGGUUUGUGGAACGGGACAUCCCCUGUCUGCAUCCCAGCAGAAUGCGGGCCCCCCGACAGCCCCGAGCAUGGCUCGAUGACCAUCAGCGACACGGAGCUCGGCGCUCUCGUCCACUACAGCUGCGACGAGGGCUAUGAGCUCGAGGGGCAGACAGUCCGUCAGUGUAUUUCAGGUCAACAGUGGAGUGACAGCGCCCCUCGCUGCAUGGCUGUCUCCUGCGGGCACCCAGGGGACAUUGUGAACGGAUUUGUUCAGGGAGACUCCUUUCUCUAUCCAGACACUGUCCACUAUGGCUGCUUCCCUGGGUUCCUGUUGAAGGGAGGGGCCAGCAGAGCUUGUCAGUCCAAUGGACAGUGGGGUGGCGAGAAGCCCUUGUGCAUCCCUCUAUCCUGCGGACCUCCCGUAGUCACAGAUGACGUCACUGUGCAGGGCCAUGAGUACACUUUUGGCAACCAGGUGGAGUUCAGUUGCAAGCCUGGCUUUGUCCUGCAGGGUGCGCUCCACAGCUCAUGUUUGGCUAAUGGCAGCUGGAGCCAUGCGGGGGCGCGGUGUGUGCCGAUAGCGUGCAGCCCGCCUCCCGCUGUGCCAAACAGCCGCGUGUCAGGCUCUGGCUAUGGCUUCAGCGGCGAAGUGAACUACGUGUGCGAUGAAGGCUACACCCUCAUGGGCCAUUCAAAGCUCCGGUGUCAGGCCGAUGGCUGGUGGGAUGCUGCACCGCCGCGUUGUGUGCUGGUCACAUGCGACCCCCCGGAGGACAUCAGCCAUGGGUACCUGAACGGCUCCAGUUUCAACUUCGGUGAUGUGGUGGAGUACGUGUGUUUCUCGGGCUAUGAAGUUGUGGGAAGCCCCUUUCUUCGGUGCUUGGCCAGUGGCUCCUGGGUGGGGAAGGUGCCUCAGUGUCGGCCGUGUGUCUGCGACCCACCUGUCCUCAAGUUUGGCGCCGUCCUGGGCCGGGAGCACUCCUGCGGCAGCCGGGUGCGGUUCCGCUGCGAUGAGGGCUACAGGACACUGGGCCCCAUGGAGGCCACCUGUGAGAGCAGCGGGGUCUGGAGUCCUGGGGUGCCUGUCUGUGGCAGAGGGAGGUGCUCCAUGGCGCCACCCACAGUUUCUAGUGCAGUCUUGCAGGGCAGUAGUGCCACAUCUCUAGACACGGUGACCUACAGGUGCAAGCCCGGCUACCGGAUGAGUGGCUAUGCCCAUGUGACGUGUACUGCCAGUGGCAGGUGGAGUGAGCCACGCUUCUCUUGCUUGCCGGUGUCAUGUGGAGCACCGCCAGGGGUCCCCUACGCAGAGGUCAUUGGAGACACUUUUACCUUUGGGAGCCAAGUAGAGUACAGGUGCCUCGAGGGGUACGAGCUGACGGUGCAGAGCGGAGCUGUGAGCUGCCUGAGCAGCGGCACCUGGUCUCCUCACAGCGUGCAGUGUAGCCCAGUCCCCUGCACACUGCCCGCCAACCUCACACAUGUCAUCGUCGUGGGCAGGGACCCUACGCCCGUGGGGGAGACAGUCACUGUGUCCUGCGAGGAAGGUUUCCAGCUGCAGGGUCCCAGCAUCUCCCAGUGUCAGCCUGGAGGUGCCUGGCUUCCUUCAUUCUCACACUCUUGUGUGGUGGUCAGUUGUGGAAAGCCCCUCCCCCUCCACCAUGGUAGGGUCACUGGGGACAGCUUCAACUUUGGAGACAUGGUCAUCUAUGAGUGUCUGUCUGGUUUCCAGUUACAGGGGGACGCAGUUAAGAUUUGCCAGAGUGAUAAAUUGUGGAGUGGUGUGCAUCCUCUCUGUGAAGCUGUUUUCUGUGGGCCACCUCCGCUGGUGCAGGGGGCCAUUGUCAUAGAAACCAGCCAAACAUACCAGAGCAAUGUGACUUAUGUGUGUGAGUCUGGACUCCGUCUGGUCGGCCCACAGAACCUCACUUGCCUGUCCAAUGGAACGUGGAGCCUCCCAGCCCCUGAGUGCAAGGCUGUUCAGGGUUGCGAAGACCCAACGGAGCUGCAGAACGGGCGCCUGCUGCUGCACAACUUUACGGCCGGACGCAGUGUGGAGUUCCAGUGUGACACGGGCUACAAUCUGCAGGGGGCAGCGCUCGUGCUCUGCCUUCCCAAUGGCUCCUGGGACUCCCCGUUCCCUACUUGCGCACCAAAACCCUGUCCUCCACCUCCUGGUCUGAUCCACACUGGCACUGACACCGCCUCCCAGGGCCUCUUUUUUGUGGGACAGACCGUUUCGGUCAGCUGCCCGAAGGGCUACCAGAGCCAGGGGGCCGUGAGCGUGACCUGCGGGAGCGACCAGACGUGGAGUCCCAUGGACCCGGCGUGUGACAGGGUCUCCUGCGGCCCCCCACUCCACGUGGCCAACGCCGUGGUGCGGGGGGCAGCCUUCCAGUUUGGGGAUGUGGCUGUGUACUCCUGCUACGCGGGGUACACCAUGGAGGGCUCCAGUAGGAGUGUGUGCCUGGAGAACGGGACGUGGACACCUCCUCCCACAUGCAAAGUUGUCUGUUGGCUCCAGUGCCGUAACGGGGGAGUGUGUCAGAAGCCCAGUGUGUGCUCCUGUCCUGAGGGAUGGAUGGGCCGCUUGUGUGAGGAACCUAUUUGCAUCCUGCCCUGUCUGAACGGGGGUCGCUGCGUAGCCCCCUACCAGUGCGAGUGCCCCUUGGGCUGGGCUGGAACACGCUGCCACAGUGCUGUAUGUUCAUCGCCAUGUUUGAAUGGCGGAAGAUGUGUCCGGCCCAAUCGGUGUCACUGCACUUCAGGGUGGAGUGGACACGACUGCUCCAGGAAAAGAAAAUCAGGAUUUAUUAUUUUUUGAAGGCGAGAUGCUACUCAACCUUAACAUAUUCCUGCCGCAGGCCAUGUGGGACAAUUUCAUGUUGUGUACCAUUUUUUUAAAUCAUUUUUUUGUAAAAUAAAGCUGUAUUUUUUCAUAUAGAAAACCAACAGUAUUAAUUAUAUGCUGCUAUAUACUUUUACUACAUGUAAAAACAUGAUUGUGCAGUGUAUGUGUGAACAAUUAAACCAUAAAA